CUGCGUUUACCAGAAUCAGCAGCUCAGAUGCGAUUGUUCUUGCUCAGGUAGAGUGGUUGUAGAUACCAAUGGUAUUUUCAUCCUUAUUUAUGUGAUUGAGAUGAGUAGAGAGAAGGUCAAGUGAAUAGAAAAUGAAAAACUGGGAGAAGUAGAGAGCUAGGAGGAGAGGGGAGCAUGUAGAAGUGUUCUAGAUUGAAAAGUUUAUCUCGAAAACUGGACCAUGUAUGUACUUUCUGCUAAUUGUUUUCACUACAGUCUAUUUAUGUUUCUACUACCGAACAAAUGCAACAUUUUAUAAACGUUCAAUUAGAAUUUAUAAAAAUUAUGUUGAAGCUCCAGAACCGGGUUUCUUGGUUUAUUCUGAAGAAUGCCAAAUACCCGAUUUCGAUCCCUACGACGAAACAGUCAAACGUUUCGUAAAAGUGCAAGAAACAUUAGAUUGUUCAAAAAAAUAUCCUUCAUUCACAUUUACUCGAAGAAAUCAAUUGUUUCUGAACACAUCUCACGAAAUUUUUCAAGAAAAUGACAUUGAUUGCUGCUAUAGACCAUUUUACCGGCCGUACGAAGCAAAGCGAGAUAACGAGAUUAGGUAUGAUAAGACAUGCGUAAAUUUCACCAGUGAAACAACAGUUAACGACGAGUUUGUGUCAGUAGAAUGCUGGAAAAAUAAUACAAUUAUUCAUAAAAUAUUCCACAGCUUCAUCCACGAUAAACCAAGGGUAGAAGCGAGGGCCAUGAGGAUUAACCAAUUAUUAAAGAAGAAAGACUUGUAUAGCGUUAUGAUCAUUGGAGUAGAUUCGGUAUCGCGUUUGAAUAUGCACAGGCAGCUGCCAAAGACUUUAGAGUACUUGAAGACCAAUAUGGAUGCCAUCGAAAUGUAUGGCUACAACAAAGUUGGAGAUAAUACUUUUCCUAAUCUGAUUCCUCUUCUAAGUGGUUAUCACGAGAAAGAAAUUGCGUUCUGUAGAAAAAGUGAUAAAGUUGUGAUUGACAAGUGCCCGUUGUUAUGGAAGAGGUUCGAGGAAUUUGGCUAUAGAACCUUCUAUGCGGAAGAUACUCCUCACAUGUCCACCUUUAACUACGUAAAACCCGGAUUUAGCAAGCAACCCACCGAUUACUAUUUCCGUCCAUUUAUUUUAGAAGCUGAAGAUAAUCAAGGAUGGAAGUAUGAAGGAUUUACUUACCAAUGUAUUGGUCCUACUUCGGAAACGGAAGCGGUCUUAUCAUGGUUAGAAUCUUUUGCUAAAAAUUUCAAUACUCGUUCAUACUUCGCCUUCGGAUGGAUCAACAGCCUGACUCACCACUUCCUCAAUUAUGGCUCUUACGGGGAUAGUUAUUAUGCAGAUUUCUUUCGAAGAUUACACGAAUCGGGAGAUUUGAAGAACACUGUGGUCAUUUUGAUGAGUGAUCACGGUAUGCGGUGGGGCCCUAUCAGAAGCACUUACAUCGGCAGAUUAGAAGAAAGGUUACCCGCUGUCCUGAUAUCUUUUCCUCCUACUUUUCGAGAAAAGCAUCCUGAUUUAAUGAAAAAUGUUCAGAUUAAUGCACAUAGAUUAACAACUCCUUUCGACCUGUUUGCUACGCUAAACAAUCUAUUGGAUAUUCAAGAAAGUACCCUUCAAAUGGAUUAUUGGACCGUACCUCACGAUAUUGCAUCGAACUACAUUCGUAGAGCUCGAUCUAUUUUUCAAGUCAUUCCGAAGAACCGCAGCUGCAGCGAUGCUUCUAUUGAUGAACAUUGGUGUACGUGUCAACAGUCAAAAAGCGUAUCAGUUACAAAUGAAGAAGUGGUCCACGUAGCUGAUUAUCUACUAGAAAUACUAAAUAGCAAAUUGAGGAAUUACGUGAAGUGUGCUACAUUAGCGACGAAGGACAUUGUCGAUGCUCGAAUGCAGGCUCCUUCAAAACACUUAGCAGCUACCGAGGAGUAUAACAUAUUUGAUUAUUCGGUGACAUUGAGAACUAUACCAGGGAAUGGGUUAUUCGAAGGAACUGUUAGAUUUGUUCCUAAAAAUCAUACUCAUGCUCUUUUAGGUGAUAUCUCGCGAUUAAAUCUAUAUGUGUUUAUCAAUCAUAAAGAUAUGUCACACACUAAAAUUGACAACAUGCCCAAUAUAAUAAGCUUCAAGGCUCAAUUCUAUCUGCAGCUCAUCGUUAAUGAAAAGGCGAUUCGUUUUAAGUGUAUUUUCCUUUACAAUGUCUUUCAUGACAAAAAUGCCAUAUCAUCGUAUCAGGUUAAUGCGGAGGAAACAUAAGAGCCUUCAUCAACACGAAGCAGUUUACCUGAAGAUAGAUGAAUGAAGAGUACAUUGAACAGCAUAAGUUUAAAGUUAAAUGGAAACAAAAUUCUACCAGUUUUCUUCGUUAUAGAACUUUGAUAAGAGUUUAAUAAAAUAUCCGAAAUUUGUUCUUUUAUUAAAAGUUCAUUAAAAGGUGUUUUACUUAGAAAUUGUGUGGUUCACUUUCCCAGUAUA